UCUCCCUCUCUCUCUCUCUCUCUCUCUCUCUCUCUCUCUCCACAUAAUGGCUUCCAAGAUCUUGAUGCCAAAUCCAAGUGCAAACCAUGUUGCAUAUUCAGCGAGCAUGGUACCCCGGUCUCAUUCUAUUGGGCAGGUUUGUUUGCCCAAUAAGAGCACUGCUGAAACCACUGCGUCUAUAUCACAGUCACUUGUUGCUUCUUCUAUAACACCAACCAUGUCAACAAAAUUAGACAAAACUAGCUCUACUAGAACCUCUACUUUGGCUCACAUGUGGAGGGAGGUUCAAGGUUGCAACAAUUGGGAGGGCCUUGUCGAACCCUUGCACCCUUUUCUCCGGCAAGAGAUCAUUCGAUAUGGGGAAUUUGUCACUGCUUGUUAUCAGGCCUUCGAUCUCGACCCCAACUCCAAAAGAUACUUGACUUGCAAGUAUGGCAAGAAGAACUUGUUUAGAGAAGUUGGAAUGGGAAAUCCCGGUUACGAAGUCACCAAGUACAUCUACGCCACUCCGGAUGUCAACAUUCCAAUCCAAAAUGAACCCUCUUGCGGGCGUUGGGUUGGAUAUGUAGCUGUAUCUUCAGAUGAUGCAGUUAGGAGACUUGGGAGGAGAGACAUAGUCAUUACAUUUCGAGGAACAGUGACAAACCCAGAGUGGAUUGCAAAUUUCAUGAGCUCGCUGACCCCAGCAAAGCUAGACCACAAUAAUCCACGCCCAGACGUGAAAGUAGAGUCUGGUUUUUUGAGCCUGUACACUUCAAAUGAAAGUGGUGACAAGUUCGGACUAAAAAGCUGCCGCGAACAGCUUUUAUCCGAAGUAUCAAGGCUCUUAAACAGGUACAAAGGUGAGGAACUUAGCAUUUCCUUGUCAGGGCAUAGCAUGGGAAGUUCACUGGCUCUUCUUCUUGCAUAUGAUAUUGCCGAGCUUGGAUUGAAUAGGCUCGGCCCGAACCUGGACAUACCAGUAACGGUUUUUUCUUUCGGAGGGCCAAGAGUAGGAAACUUAGGCUUCAAGGAGAGAUGUGAGGAAUUAGGAGUAAGAGUUUUAAGAAUUGUAAAUGUUAAUGACCCCAUCACAAAGUUACCAGGGGUUUUUCUCAACGAAAAUUUUAGGGUUUUAGGAGGGAGAUAUGAGUUUCCAUGGAGUUGUUCAUGUUAUGCACAUGUGGGAGUUGAAAUAGUCCUCGACUUCUUCAACAUGCAAAACCCUUCAUGUGUUCAUGACUUGGGAUCCUAUAUCAGCUUACUCAAAUGUCCAAAGAAAGGAGAUCAGGUUCGAAAAGAUGAACAAAAUAUUUUCAUUCGAGCUAGAGAAUCGAUAUUAAGCAGGGCCCAAAAUACUAACAUGGAGCCCUUGAGGAAUGCUGCAAGCAAUUUGGUAAACCUAUUUCAGAACGUCUGAAUUCUUGAUAGAUGAUAGUAUCUUAGGGUUGAUGAACUCCUUGGCCCUGCACAUAUUUUUAUAGGUAGAGGAGCUUCAUGUUCUGUAAAGAAUGAGAAUCAAUAUAUUAGUAGUACUUUAGCGAAAAA